AUGGCGUCCCUGUCGAUAAACACCCGCAACCACGUUCGCUCCACCUCGGGCGAGAUGCUCAACAUGCCCCCACAACACUACCAGAUCCCUCGUGGCGCCAACAGCAUGUCCAACCUGCGCGACAAUGCCUUCCACCCUCCACCCAACCGUCCCAUGAAUGGCGGACAUGACCCCCACCACCGAGGCCCACGACCCAUGAUGGAGAGAUAUGGCCCGCCACCACCACCGCCAGCAGGGGGCCAGGUCCCUCCCGGCCCGGCCUAUGAUGAUAUGUAUCGCAGGGCACGACCCAAGACUUUUCAGAACAACACUGUAUCUCCGCCAGCCGCAAACGCUAACGACAACAUGCCAUGGCGCCCUCAGGUCAAUCUCCCCAACAUCGAACGACCUAAAAUCAACGUCGAGGAACUGGCCGGGAAACAGAUGCUACCCCUCGAGCCCAGGUCCAUCCUCGAGCAGGCUGUCGACGAAUCGACCAUGACACCAAUGAACCGGUUUGCAAGCAUUAUGGAGGUCCUGAGGUUUCGCGGACUCUACAUGGCCAGUUCAAAGGCGUUCUCCGUCGUCGAUAUCAAGGGCAGGGAGACAGCCUCGUGGACAUGGGAAAAACUGCACGGACGGGCGGAGAAGAUCAGCCAGACCAUCCUCGAAAAGACGCAAUUGCGCCGCGGGUCCCGUGUGGCGUUGGUCUAUCGCAAAUCGGAGAUAAUGGACUUUUUGGCAGCCUUUUACGGAUGCAUGAUGGCAGGGAUGACCGCCGUACCUAUCAACGUCAUCGAGGAGUUUGCAGAGAUGACCUACAUCCUCAACUACACCAAGGCUGAACUCGCACUGACGACAGAGUACAACCACAAGGCAUUGAGCAAGGACCUGGCUAUGCACAAGGGCGUCGACUGGCCCUUGGGAGUCGCAUGGUGGAAGACAGACACUCUCGGCAGCUGGCACCCAAAGAAAAAGGAGGGCUGGCCCGAUAUCGAGCUUCCAGAUCUCGCCUACAUCGAGUACAGCAAGUCUCCCAACGGCGAACUGAAGGGCGUUGCAGUUAGCCAUCGGACGAUGCUCUCACAGUGUCACGCCAUCAAACAAUCCCUCGGAGCCAACCCCAACAGGACCUGUGGCGCCGCCCCUUCAUCGCCCACCAGCGCCUUCGCACCUCGUUCCGCCACCGAGCCCAAAACACCUUCAACCCCUACACAGCCAGCAUCCCCUCCCUCUCGACGAUCAAGCACGACCCUUCCUGAUGGCAAAAAGACCGACGUGAUCCUGACCUGGCUCGAACCUCGACAACAGGUUGGACUUGUCUUGGGUGGAUUGUUGGGCGUGUACCGCGGAAGCCACACCAUUUUUAUUCACAGUGGCGUCACAGACACACCAGGACUCUGGGCACAUUGCGCUCAGCGAUAUCGUGCAACGACCGCCCUGGGCGAUUACGAGGGUGUUCGAGAGUUGUUGAGAUUCAGGCCAACCGAGGGCGCCAAGCGAGAUGCACCGCCGCUAUCGUGUUUAGAGACGUUCUUGAUCGACGCCGUGAUGAUCAAACCCAUGUUGGAUCUUCAGUUUGCGAACGAGUUCUUGGGAGACUUGGGAGUUCCCUCCCCCCAGCAGGUGGUUGUCCCUAUGUCCAGUCUACCAGAGCACGGAGGAAUGAUUCUCAGCAUGCGUGACUACUUGGUAUUCCCCAGAGGAGCGGAUGUGAUUGACUUUGGAUUCGAGUACGAGUUACCACGCGGCCCACUUCCCGAACCAGGAACCAAGCGGCGGCCACAAGGAUACUCACCCGCCUCCAACACCAUCUGUCACUAUUUACUGGACCGCGGAGCGCUCAAGGCCAAUAUGAUCCAGGUAUUGGCGACGGGGGAGGAGGCUAUUUCAAGAGCAUCAGAACGUGGCGUUGUGCUUGUUGGUGCUUUUGGAUAUGCAAUGCCACGAGCCACACUCACCAUUGUUGAUCCAGAGACAACGGCAUUAUGUCAGCCUAAUCGCGUCGGCGAGAUAUGGAUUGAUUCACCUUCAAUUGCUUUUGGAUUCUGGGAGCUUCCCAAGCACUCGCAGUCAAUUUUCCAUGCGCUUCCCCUGAUCGUGCCUGUGGAUACGAUGAUACCUGAGGUGUAUGACCCCGUCCCCGCGGGAUUUUUGCGCACUGGUCUCCUGGGAGGACUCAUCGAGGGACGAGUUGUUAUUUUUGGAUUAUACGAGGAUAGGAUUCAGCAGGAAAUCGUAGAUCUAGUCCACCCAGAGAUUGUCGAAUUUGACUCCCAUUACACGGCAGAUCUCUCCAACACCAUCCUUGACCGAAUCGUGGGUUUUACUUCCUGCAUUUCAUUUGAGUGCUUUGUGAACAAUGAGCACUUGCCAGUGAUUUGUGCGGAGACACCCAGGAGUCAGCGUGUUGAUCUGAUCAAGCUGGCCGACUUUGCCAAGCAGGCGAUGAUGGACUAUCACGGGUUGCGACUGUACUGUAUUGCGAUUGCGCCGACGGGAAGCUUACCACGAGCGUUUAAGAACGGCAAGCGGGUUUUGCAUCCGGUGCUGUGCCGGAAGAUGUUUGAGCUUGGACGACUUCGACUGAUGCAUAUCCACACAUCCGUGGAUGACACCAUCUUUAAUAUCUCCUUUGGAGAUGAUACCUCCGGUGGCAUUUGGGGUGUCGAGGCAUUGGCUGUUCGUGAGGCUGCUCUGCCAUCACAUGCGCGCAUGGUUCAGUUUUCGUGCUGCGACUAUCCAAAGGAGGUUCUGGAUGAGAAGACAAAGAUCAACCUUUCCCACUUUACGAGUCUCGCCGAGAUUCUCGUUUGGCGCUCAGUCAUGAACCAGGAUGAGACUGCCUUCGUCGGUGUCGACAACCGAGGCAAGGACACCAAGGGCCUCACAUUCCGCAAGUUUGGUGCCAAGGUCGUUUCUAUCGCCAACUACAUCGAGAAGCGUGGAGGCUUCCAUACAGGGGAUAAGGUCGUCCUCUUGUUCCCCAACGGAAUCGAGUUUGCAGCAACCGUCUAUGCCUGCUGGCUUCUUGGUCUCGUCCCUAUUCCUGUCCAGAUGCCCGAGGCUGCACGCUUGCACGAGGAUAUCACAUUGCUGAUGGGUCUCUUGGCUGAGUUGAAGGUCACACACUUGAUUGGAAACACCGCUACGGAGGACCUGAUGAAGCAAAAGACGACCUUGAUUCAUGUCAAGGCGUGCAUUGGGCCCCGUCAGGAUGCUGUCUUGCCAACGGUCUUUAGCGUGUCUAAGGCGCCUAAGAUGAGCAAGAACUUGGGCAAGGAAUCGGGAUACAUUGCGCCACCACCUGCUGCUUUGGCAAAGACCGCACCUGCCAUGGUCUUUGUACAUUACUCGACCGACAUGCGACGGACGUUGGUCAAGGUCAGCCAUUCAGCGUUGAUGGCGCAGUGUCGAGCACAGAAGGUCCAGUGCCGUUUGAAGACAGGUCGACCCAUUUUGUCGUGCUGGAGGACAUUUUCAGGCAUUGGACUCUUGUACUCUUGCGGGCUGGGAGUUUACGCUGGCGCACCGACCGUCAUGCUCCAGUACACCGACUUCUCAAUCAGCCCUCAGAUUUACUUUGAGGCUCUUGAGAGACACGGAGUGAGGGAUGCGCUUCUCAACUAUGCUAUGCUGGAGCAGGCGACCAAUACAUCGGAACCGAUUACGCCAGCUUCGUUCAACUUUACGGGAGUCAAAAACUUUUUGCUAAACACUGAGGGUCGACCACGUACAGAGGUGAACCAAGCGAUCGAACGAAAGUUUGCUCAGUCCCGCUUGGAAUCCACCGUCAUCAACGCCAUGUUUGGACACAUGAUCAACCCCAUGGUGACGACUCGUUCGUACAUGAACAUUGAGCCUGUGAGGUUGCAUCUCUCCUUGAAGGCGCUGCGUCGUGGAACUGUCCAAAUCACGACCGAGCAGGAGGACCCUACUGGUGUCUGGGUUGAAGACAGUGGCAUUCCUAUUUGCGGAACCACGGUGGCCAUUGUGAACCCAGAGACGAGAGAAAUCUGCUUGUCCCGAGAGAUUGGUGAGAUCUGGGUGUCGUCCGAGGCGAACGUCCAGUCUUAUCAGGGUGCAGCCCGCGAGCAUGGACGCAGUUUCUCGAAUGCAUCGCCUCUGACAGUCGAGGCAUCCAAGAUUCUACCCAACGCAGCUACGGACAAGGUUACAAGCGAGCCUGGAUCGCCAUCUGACAUGAACAGUCGUUACAACGUGUCAAUCGCAGGAGGAGACGCUAGGAUCAGCUAUGUCCGCACAGGAGAGAUUGGAUUUUUGUGGAACUAUUCCAAGGACACCUUCAACGGCGGUAAACCGACCAGUUUGCUGUUUGUCUUGGGUUCGAUUGGAGAGACGUUUGAGGUCAACGGAUUGAUGCAUUUCCCCAAGGAUGUCGAGGGGACCAUUGAGCGUUGCCACCCUAAUGUCGCUCCUAAUGGAAGUAUUGUGUUCCAGGCGGAUCAGGCUGUUGUUUGUGUUGUUCAAGUGCGCCAGCCGGAUGUGACGGUUGUCAACCUGACCAUGUCGGUGAUGCAUCAGGUCUUGGAGAAGCACCAGUUCAUGCCGGAUGUCAUUGCGAUUGUUGGAGAGGGUGUCUUGACCAAGAACCGAUUAGGCGAGAAGCAGCGCGGCAAAAUGCUCAGUCUCUUUAUGAGCGCCAAAAUGCCUUUGCUUCAUAUCCAUUACCCUCGUGGUUCGUUGCCAAAGUCAGUACCAGAGCAGUUGCAGCCCACCAUGCCUAUGACGCCCGUGAUGAGUCGUCUCAACAACGGUUAUGGUGGCUCGAACUCUAUCCCCUCAGUCUCGGUCGGUGGACACCAAGAGAAGCCCAGCUCUAUUCGGUCGAACCGGUCGAACACCUCCAUGGCGUCGAUGCGGUCUGUGCGGUCGUUCAUCGGAACCAUGUUCAAUAACCUUAAAGGAGGACAUGGAGGUCAUGGCGGAGUCGGCUCUGGAUCCAGUGGCAACGGUGGCGGAAGUUACCCGGCAGGAUACAGUAGCCAUCAUUCUCAUGGAAGUACCAGCAGUAUUGGCGGGUAUAAUGGAUCGAGGCCAGGAUCCGGAUCCUCUGUGGGACUGACGUCUUCGUUCACGGGGGUGAUGCCCCCGACAACGCCCAAGAGCAGCAACAUGUCUGGCAAUGGUGGGAGUGGGUUCGGUGGUGAUGAUUCACCUGCGCCUGCGCGGUGCGAGUCGCCCGUCUCUUCGACCACUUUGUCAUCCCUUACUAUCGGAGGAGCAGCAGCGACGGCCACGGCCACCCCAGCAACGUCGGUUUCGAUCACUCCAUUGACAAACACGAGUCCUGUGACGAGCAAGAAGGCACCCGCGCCUGGAACUCCUGGAAUUGGAGCGGCGGUUGUCUCUGGAUCUGGACCUGGAUCUGCGGUCAAUGGAAGUACGAUUGCUACCAACCCUCCCCCGGUAACAGAGCCAACAGCAGCACCUGCAUCAACGCCUGCGCCGGCAAUCGUUGUCAACACGGCUCAUGUUCCAUUCUCGGAGUCGAUGAAUGGCUUCCCCUAA